CAAGAAUUCUUUGCCAAUAAGAUUGCGCGAUUCGACCAAAAUACUGGUGAAUUUACAGAAUACGACAUUCCGUUCACAGUACCAGGACUGGACAACUUCACCCUACCGCUCCCUGGCCACGCAAAGUUCGAGCUUCUAUCGUGUGCCAUUCGCACUGGCUAUGACGGAUACAUGUACUUUAGCAAUGGCGCUCACAACCAACUUGUGCGUCAUGAUGUCCAUAGCGGUGAGACCGUCGUCUUCACCCCACCUCCAUCGCUUCUGAGUAUCCUGGGAAAUCUUCAGCCUUUGAACGAUGUGACUGCCGCCCCGGACGGAAUUUAUUUCACUCAGACCACUGGAAACCAAGUCACCAAAUUCGACUACGAGACACACGAAUUCACGUCAUGGACGGUACCUACACUUCUCUCAAUCCCCCUUGGCAUCUACUACUCGCAGCAUGACGAUGGCGUUUGGUUCCUCGAGUUUGGCGCCUCGAAGGUUGGCCGCUUAGACCGUCAUACCCACGAGAUUGAAGAGUUUGACCUACCCUUGAGUGCGCUACAACCUCUGGUCGUGCGUGCCGAGACCGUCAACGCAGAUGGCAGCACGACUCUAUGGUUUGCGUGCACGACUUCCUCCACCAUCACAGGUAUUAACACACGCACCGGAGGCUUAACCUCGUAUCACGAACCCAAUGCUCCCACAGAAACGGUAGAGGUGGCUCAAGACUUGAAGGGCAACGUGUGGGCUACGCACAUUCUGCAAAACACACUUGGCGUGCUCAACCCAAAGACGGGCAACGUUAGUGUUGUUGUCGAGCCUAGCGUCAUCCUUGACACCCCAGGCAUCACAGUUCCCUUCUAUGGCGAAAGUGGUAUCUUUGGGUACGCUGUCGGUCAGCCUCCAGGUCAAGGACAGAAAGAUAUCCUCGGUGACUCAAUCUGGUACACGCAUUUCCUGACGAACCAGUUAAUCAGAUUGGACUUGACA